AUGAUUGUGUGUUUCUUGGUUGCUGCGGGAACUUUACUAGCUGUCGGCGAAGUAGAAUCGAGGGCUACUGUUUCUCAGGUCGAAAUAAACGUUGUAAGUAAAGGAUUGAAGUUCACCAUUCCGGAAGAUCUUGAGAACGCAAACAAAGCUUUUAUUGAGAAGGUGCAACAACUCAUCCAAGGUCAAGUAACGCAUAAACGGUAUCAAACUGAAUUAGGUAUUACGGAUGCUAAUUUCUACCAUCACGACAUGAAGGACCAAGUUGAACAGCUCCAACUUUACUUAAAAAUUCUUUUCAAUGUCGAAAGAAGUCAAGAUAUCCACCUGGACGCAAGGACGUUUGCGAAACACCUCCGUCAGAGUAAGGAAUAA